AUGUCAACAACAUCCCAACCCUCCCAACCCCCCAAACAAUCCGCCUACACACAACCCUCAAACCCAGUCACACACAACCCCUCCGAAUCCCACGCAACCGAGCAACGCGCUCACCACCACGAAUACGGCACCGCCCCCGCCACGAUAACCCGCGGCGCCUCCUCAACCCCCUCAACCGCCACAACCCUCUCGUCCGCCCAAAAGGCAAAAGAGGAAUCGGGCAAAUCCCUGCACGCGCACAGCGACGUCGACACGGAGUACGGGGUCGAGCAGCAGCCGAGCGAGGGGGACAUUGCGCACGCUGUGGAGGGGCAUUCUAGACACAGGAUCCAGGCGGGGGCUCAUGCCGGGGCUGUGGGGAGUCCGCAGGGCCCCGGGGCGCCUGCUCGCGGCGAGGGCGUGAGUAACCUGCAGGAUCUGGAUCGGAAGGCGGAGGAGCAUCAGAAGAUAUUGGGGGAUCGGGUUGGGCGGUCGCCGGAGCCGCCGGUGGAUGAUGGGGUGGGUGGGGGGGAGGCUGUUGAGAGGGAGAAGGUGCGGGAGAGGAAAUUGAGGCAGGAUCGGGAGUUGCAUCCUAAGGAGGUGGUGCAGGAGGAGACGGGGGAGCCGGUUGUUGGGAGGUGA